CUUCAUCAGCCAUCUUUUCUUCAUUUCUUCUCCAUUUAGAUUGUUUCAAGUUCAGUUGCUGUAAUCCUCUCAGAACCAAAGCAAUGUUUUUGAGAUCAGUUUCAUCUUUCUCAGUCCCAACCAAGCAUGGGGAUAAUCUAAUCAGUUCCCUUAGGGGCUCUCCUGCAUUAUCAUCUUCUAGUGUCGGUUCUGCCUUUCCUUCUUCCUCUGCUCUGGGUUUUCCUCAGAGAAAACCUGGAAGGGCUUUUGGGGUUUCUGCCUCCUUAGAAACCAACAAUUUCGCACUUACAGGGGUAGUGUUUCAGCCAUUUGAAGAGGUCAAAAAGAAGGAACUUGAUAUUCCAGUCGCUCCUCAGGUUUCGCUUGCUCGCCAGAAAUAUACAGAUGAGUGUGAAGCCGCAAUCAAUGAGCAAAUCAAUGUGGAGUACAACGUGUCCUAUGUGUACCACUCUUUGUAUGGCUACUUCGACAGAGACAACAUUGCUCUCAAGGGCUUAGCCAAAUUUUUCAAGGAGGCUAGUGAAGAAGAAAGAGAGCAUGCGGAGAAGCUGAUGGAAUAUCAGAACAUACGAGGAGGAAGAGUAAAACUACACUCUAUCCUGAUGCCCCCUUCAGAGUUUGAACACGCAGAGAAGGGAGAUGCAUUAUAUGCUAUGGAAUUAGCACUGUCCUUGGAGAAGUUGACAAACGAGAAGCUUUUGAGCCUGCACCAUGUAGCAGAGCAAAACCAUGAUGCUCAGAUGUCAGAAUUCAUUGAAAGAGAGUUUUUAUCUGAGCAGGUUGAAGCCAUUAAGAAGAUAUCUGAAUAUGUUGCUCAGUUAAGGAUAGUUGGAAAAGGCCACGGAGUCUGGCACUUUGAUCAAAUGCUCCUCCACGAGGGUGAUGCUGCAUAAUGAAGAUCUUUCAUCCGCCGCGACUUAAAUUGAGUGAUGUUCUACUACAUGAACCAGAAUUUUUGGAGAAGAAUAAACUGUUGUGUAGAAUAUUUGUUUGAAGUUCUAAGACAUCAGUAACCCCUUAGCUUUGUCAUGUUAGAAAGAACCAGAGAACUUUCCUUUUACCCCCAAAAUUAAGGGAGCUUUGUUUGUGUUCCUCAAUGGCUGGAGGAACAAUGUCUGAUUGAUGCAUCAAAGGCUCCUCUCAACAGUGUGUCUAUGGAUUGUGAUUAGGAUCAUUCCCUAGUGAGAUUGUAUAAUUAAAUAGCAGAUGUGUUCGAUUAA